AUGUCGGCACCAAUCGCUCGUCGUCAACUCAUUCGCGCUUGCGCUAGGGUGAGCCCUUUGCAAACCGCCAACUCUCGCGCAGCAGGUACCAGUGCGAUCGCCUUUCCCUUGCGAUCUCGAGCUUUCGUUCAGCCAUACUCUCCACUUUUAUUGCAAAGAUCCUUCACUGUCAGCUCUUAUCGCUUAUCCAAUGGAUCCUCUUCACCUUCAACCACGGAGCAAAUUCAAGAGAAACCCAAAGGCCGCAUAGCACAGCUUUAUGAGAAAUCGAAGGCGCUGAUUGGAUUCUACAAGGACGGUCUUAAGCUUUUGUGGGCGAAUCAAAAGGAAGCCAAGGCACUCAAGCAAAAAGUAGAGGAACAAGGAUAUGUAUUGAAUCGUGCCGAAUUUCAGUUGAUCCAUAGAUCUCAAAAGGACAUGCUCAAGCUUAUCCCAUUUGGAUUGAUUUUCCUUAUCUUGCCUGAAUCUAUUCCCCUUUGGGUCAUCUUUGUUCCUAGCAUUAUACCUAGUACAUGCUUACAAGAAGUUCAAAUCUCCAAGCAACGUAAAAAGCUGGAUGAUGCACGUCAAAUCAUGUCCAAGAAUGUCCUUGCUGCUUCCGAAAGGAUCCCUGGACUUUCAGUGCAAGAUUUCUUGAAGCCACGAAGUUUUGAAAAGUUUGCCAAGCACUACAAUUAUGAUUUCGAGCUCGCCCAAAUCCAUAAAAAGAACCUUUCGGCUUACUGCAGAUUUAUGGGUCUUCGUGGAUGGGGUACCAAGUCAAUGCUUGAGCAGCGUUUGACUACUCAUAUGGACUACCUCUUGAAGGAUGACAAGUUGAUCGCACAAGAAGGUAUCGAAUCGCUUUCGUUGUCAGAUUUACAACAAGCCGUGGAGGAGCGUGGAAUGAGAUCCAUUGAUACAGAUGAAGAACAACUUCAACGACGACUUGAAUAUUGGAUCAAGAUGCACUUGAAUGAGCCACCUAUUGCCCCUGGACUUUUGAUCUUUAGCAGGAUGUUCCUUUUGAAUGCCAACUAUAAAUGA